AUGCAACAGCACCCAGAAACACGAAAAGAGUGGUUGAGAAGGAGAAAUCAACCAGAUUUGCGAAUAGUUCAGCGAGAUUUUCGGGGUUUUCGACAACCACAGGUGCGACGAGCUUCAAUCGAAAUCGGGGAAGAUGCGCAAAGAGUUCAGCAGCUAGAAGCCAUCCGUCGUCAACAAAUGGUCGAGUGUCAACUGUGUUGCGAGUUCUUCCCACCGGACAACUUCCGUGAGCUGACCAAUUGUCGACACUCGUUUUGCAAGAAUUGUACUCGGAGGCACAUCACCUACUGCAUUGUCGAGAAUCGAAUCGAAGUGCCGUGCCCAGGAUGUGCUGAAGAAAUCCAUCCAGAAGACAUCAAACAGUACACAAAAGUCCGCUCGCCGAAUCUCUACGCGAAAUACGAGGAAUUCAGUGUCCGUGCGGCUCUUGUCAAAGUUCCAGAAGCACGUUGGUGCCCAGCACCCGACUGCGGAUUCGCUGUAAUCGUUCCAAAUGGAGAGAGAUGUCCGAAAAUCAAGUGUCAACGGGAGAGAUGUGGCGUCGAGUUCUGCUACAAAUGCAAGAAAGAAUGGCAUAAGGGAAGGCCGUGUGGAGAAAAACCGAAACCGUCGGAAGAUUUCUACGCAUGCCGCCCAUGUCCUCGAUGUUCCACUCUCAUUAUGAAAGAAGACGACGGAUCGUGUAACCACAUGCACUGCACCAUGUGCAGAGCCGAGUUCUGUUGGCUAUGCUUAAAAGAGAUCACUGAUCUCCACUACAUGUCUCCGACUGGAUGCACAUUCUGGGGAAAGAAACCAUGGAGUGGAAGGAAACGGUUGAUGUGGCAACUGGGAAGUCUCAUCGGAACUCCGGCGGUCGUCGUCGCCACAGCCGUCGUCUCGGUACCACUGAUCAUUGGUUUAGUGCCAUAUUCCAUCGGAAAAAAGGUCUAUAAGAAGAUGAAGAACGAGUCGAAGGCGAAAAGAGUGAUCUCCACUGCCGCAGCAGUUACAGGAUCUGCAAUCGUCUCUCCAGCACUGGCUGGUGUUGCUGUUGUGCUCGGUGUACCUCUCGCCCUGGGAUACACCUACAUUAUGGUGCCGAAAGCGCUGAUUCACGACGUGGCCGAUUACGUGACGAAGAAAAAACAGCCAGAAGUCAUCGAAAUAUCUCCAGCAGCACUGCUCCAAAUGAGUCAAGAAGCCGUCCAAAAGGCUCCAGAACGCGACGGGACUGCUCCCGGACCGUCGUCGGUGACGUCUUCAGACUAUUCAGAAGACUUCGACGCCGCCGAUUUCGUUGAGUUGUGUGAUGAGGAUCUCGAUUGA